CUGACAGGAUGGAAACUCUUGACACUUAUCUCGGUUUGAAGGAAAUCCACCUAGUGUGGAAGAUUUUGUGCAUAGCUCCCUGGGCCAGAUCCAAGAAGUACUAUUAUACUUGGAUGAGUUUCAUUUUUUGCUUCAAUAUAUUUUUUGUAUCAAGGACAAUCGUAGAUUAUUUACUCUGUGAAGAUUCGAAGUGUGUCCUUAAUCACGUCUUAUAUUAUGUCGCUGGCUGGUCUAAAGUUAGUCAGUAUUUGUUGAUGUUUUUGUGCCGCAGGAAGCUUCUUCAAUUGGAGAAUUUAUUUCAUAUGCUAGAUGGAAAUGUGACUUUACUAGAAGAUCAAGUAGUGGUCAGAAAAGCAAUUCAAACAGGACGACGAAUAUUAAAAUAUUUCUUAAUUCUCGCCACCUUUUACAUAUCUGGCAGAAUGCUAGGGUUUAUUCUCACUUCAGGGGAAAUACCGAUAGUGCCUUUAUGGUCUCCGUUUGAUGGGCAGCUUGUUAUAAAAUUCCUGUAUGAUUCUAUUGUUAUAUAUUUGUUGGCGCUACAAGCAAUCGUUAGUGACAUGUUCUCACCUGCGUGUUUUCCGUUGUUGAACGCCCAUUUCAAAAUUCUAUCUCAACAAUUACUGCGUAUAGGGGUUGGGGAGGAAUCAAACAUCAGACGCUUGAUAGAACGCCACAUCAUAAUUUUGAGAAUAUAUAAAAUUUUAGAAGAAACACUUUCAAAAGUGUUCUUUGUGGAGCUUUUGGUUGCCAGCAUUCAGCUUUGCAUUUUAAUAACAUCCGUAAUCUCUGCGGAUAUGGAAUUCUCGGAAUUGAUAUUCGCUAUUACGUUCAUAUUCGCGCUGAUGUUUCAACUUUUCCCAGUUUGCGUUCUUGCUGAUCACUUCCAAACGUUGAGUGAAAAGUUUGCAGAUGCAGCAUAUGCAACUAAUUGGGUGGAUCAGGACCGGGCAUUUCGAUCCGCGAUACUUCUUAUCAUUCACAGAGCACAAAACUGUAGUUUGAUUCUUGCUGGAGGCAUAGUGCCGAUAAAUUUACGGACUUUUCUCAGUAUUUUCCGUUACGCUUACUCUUUCUCAGCAAUUUAUAGUAUGGUGUAUUAAUCAACAGCUGAAAAGUAGCACAUCAAUUCGAAUCAAUGGAAUAUACGUUUUCAAAAAUUUCUGAUCAUCACAUAAUAUGUAUAAAAGUUAUUCAAUUGUUUUGCAAUACGUUUGCACUAGUAAAUUAUCAUAAUAUAA